AUGCCGGUUCAAGCACCCAGUACUCUAGGGCACGAGGGCGAAAGUGCGAUUCAUGGCCGUCCCAACCGCCAUGGUCCUAUGAUCACUGAGAAUAUGGAGGAAGAAAUCGUGGACGAGCGUACAACGCUGCUUGCGCGCGACGGUUCGGAUACCUCGGAUAGGACUUCGACUAACGACAAGCACGCUGAAGAGUGGACGGCUGCAGGAUUUGCAGGCUUGCCCUGGUGGAAACGGCCUUCUAUCUUCUGGGUUAUUCCGCCGUUGCUCCCGUUUACUAUCGCAUUCGGCGGUGUCGCAGUUCCCAAAAUCAACCUGAUUCUGACUCUAAUUUGCCGCGACUACCUUGCUGAGAGGAGCGUCAAGGAUCCCACGUUUACGUAUCUGCCUGUGAUAUUUGGUGAGGACAAUCCACAAUGUCGUAUCCCCGAGGUUCAGGCACUGGUGUCGAGGUUCCAGCUGAUGCUCAACCUGAUUGCGGGAGGCCUCGCCGCAAUUGCAAGCCCAAAACUGGGCGUACUUUCGGAUGGAUAUGGACGAACAAAGAUCAUUGGACUGGCGACACUUGGGACGUUGCUUGGUGAAGUGCUCACGGUGCUCGUUGCGGCACGCCCCGAUAUCUUCCCCCUAAACCUACUUCUGCUGGGUGCUCUGGUCGACGGCUUAUUCGGGUCUGUCACGACGGCUGUUGCGCUGACUCAAUCAUACGCGGCUGAUUGUAUCCCACCAGAAAGGCGAAACGUUGCGUUCGGGUAUUUUCACGGAGCUUUAUUUAGCGGCAUUGCGCUUGGCCCCUUGAUCGCAGGCUAUCUGAUCAAGCUCACGGAGAAUGUCCUCAUAGUAUUUUAUUCUGUUCUGGGAUGUCAGUUGCUGUUCCUCCUUUCCGUCACCCUCAUCGUGCCGGAAUCGCUCUCGAAAGAACGCCAGGAACAAAAUCGGCGGAGACGAAACAUACAAUUGACCGGGAUGCGCCUAUCCUGGAAACAUUUCAAUCCCUUGGACUUUUUGAAGCCACUCUCUAUAUUCUUUCCGCCAAAAAGCAAGGCAAACGCAUUGCUACCUGGCGAGACAAAGAGGUUACAUGAUUUACGACGGAAUCUAAUCAUCUUGGCCGCUAUUGACGCCUCGAUUUUCGGUGUGGCCAUGGGGACGAUGGGUAUCUUGAUCAUUUACGCGGAGUACAUGUUUCACUGGGGCAAUUUCGAAUCCAGCAUGCUUGUCUCACUCACCAGCUCCGUCCGGGUGGUUCUUUUACUAGUCGUUCUUCCAACCAUAACUCGACUGGUUCGUGGACGUGCAUCUGGUAGAAGUCACAACACUGGAUCGGAUAUGCUCGACAUUGUUGUAAUCAGGAUAUCCGUUCUAUUCGACAUGCUGGGUCUUACAGUUGGAACAUUCCCUCAAACAGUUUUUAUUUGUUUGGCGGGAUUAAUCUUCGUUGCAUUCCUAUCUUCUUGGUUUCUAAAACCUCACGUAUAUCUGCCCGAGUCGCUCCCUGGUAGCAAUGAGGUGGAGCCAGAGGACCUUGAAGAUGUUACCGACGUUUUAUAA